AUGACAGACCUGCAAGCGCUGAUCACCAACAUUGAGCUCUGCAGCAGGGCUGACGGCAUCAGCACCAUCACAUUUCCCACCCUCAAGAAGCUUAGUGUCAGUGAUGUCAUUACUAUUUGGAGCAGUGUAUCUAAGCGUGUCCAGCGACAGCUCCUGAAGGCAAAGACUCAGGCUGUCAAAGUAACAGGACUGGGGACAUUCCGUGUUAAAAGAUGGCUCUCAUUUGAAAAUGGGGAGGUGCACGUGUUUCGGAAACCUGAGUUUUCAGUGUCUGUGGAUGUUGCACAGAUCCGUGGGCUGCAACAUGCUUCUGUACCUGUUCCUGAGGAGAUCAAGACAGUGUCCGUGAGCUACAAGAUGGUCCAGUCAGACCUCCCCUAUUCUGAGGAAGUCGUGCAGAACUGUAUGCAGGAGACGCUGGGCUUCAUCUACUUCAUCCUACGAAACAGAGAAGACGUGGACUUAAUUUUAAAGGAUCUUGGCACUCUUGCUAUCCGGGGAACAGAAGUGACAAUGGCAUUUUGCAAAGACUUUUUACUAAGUCUCAACAAGUCUAUGUAUGUGGUAGAGAAAAUGCUCACUCUGCAGGCUCUGGGAAAAGGUCCAGCUACAAGUAAAAGCAAAGAUGACCUUGUGGUGGCAGAGGUGGAGAUCAAUGAUGUCCCCCUCACCUGCAGAAACCUGCUGACAAGAGGACAGACCCAGGAUGAGAUAAGUCGACUGAGUGGAGCAGCUGUCUCUACUCGAGGGAGAUUCAUGACUGCAGAAGAGAAAGCAAAAGUGGGACCUGGAGAUCGUCCUUUGUAUCUUCAUGUCCAGGGUCAGACAAGGGAACUGGUUGACAGAGCUGUUAACAGAAUUAAAGAGAUAAUUACUAAUGGAGUAGUGAAAGCAGCCACAGGUUCUAGCCCAACAUUCAACGGAGCCACAGUGACUGUUUAUCACCAGCCAGCCCCUCUUACUCAGUUGUCUUCAGCAGUUGGCCAAAAACCUCCAUUCCAGUCAGGGAUGCAUUAUGUUCAGGACAAGUUAUUUGUUGGUCUGGAACAUGCUGUACCUACAUUUAAUGUGAAGGAGAAGGUGGAAGGGCCUGGUUGCUCCUACUUGCAGCACAUUCAGAUUGAAACAGGUGCCAAAGUCUUUCUUCGUGGGAAAGGCUCAGGUUGCAUAGAACCAGCAUCAGGCAGAGAAGCUUUUGAACCCAUGUACAUCUACAUCAGUCACCCAAAGCCAGAAGGUUUAGCAGCUGCUAAAAAGCUGUGUGAGAAUCUGUUGCAAACCGUUCAUGCCGAGUACUCCCGGUUUGUGAACCAAAUAACCACCGCUGUACCUUUGACAGGCUUCACUCAGCCCGCUGCUAUGAACAGUGUGCCCUCCCAGCCUUCCUACUACCCCUCCAAUGGCUAUCAGUCUGGUUAUCCUGUUGUUCCCCCUCCUCAGCAGCCAGUUCAGCCACCAUAUGGUGUGCCAGGCAUUGUGCCCCCUGCAGUGCCCCUGGCCCCGGGCAUCCUGCCAGCCCUGCCUGCGGGGGUCCCACCGGUGCCAACGCAGUACCCGAUACCUCAGGUCCAGCCUCCAGCCAGCACUGGCCAGAGUCCACUGAAUGGUCCUUUUCUUCCUGCUACCCCAGUGAAAACAACCAUGCCAACUGGUACACAGCCACAAGUCCCGCCCCAUCACCAAGGUCAAAAGAGACGCUUCACUGAGGAACUCCCAGAUGAAAGAGAGUCAGGACUGCUGGGAUAUCAGCAUGGACCCAUUCAUAUGACUAAUUUAGGUACAGGCUUCUCCAGUCAGAGUGAAAUCGAUGGAGCUGGAUCGAAGGCAGCAAGUUCCUCAGGAAAGGAGAGAGAGAGGGACAGGCAGUUGAUGCCUCCACCAGCUUUUCCUGUCACUGGGAUGAAAUCAGAAUCUGAAGAAAGAAAUGGUGCGGGGUCUUUGCCAGGCAGCCAUGAUCAUCAAGCUAAGAAGAUGAAAACUGCAGAAAAGGGCUUUGGAUUAGUGGCAUAUGCUGGAGAUUCAUCAGAUGAAGAAGAGGAGCAUGGAGGCCAUAAAAACGCAAGUACUUUUUCACAGGGAUGGAGUUUGGGAUACCAGUAUCCUUCCUCACAGCAACGAGCUAAACAACAGAUGCCAUUUUGGAUGGCACCAUAAAAGCUACAGAA